AAUUCGUCUGCACGGUGCAUCCUUCCAGUCCCUCAGAACCUGCAGCACCGGGCUCGGCUCCCCACCUGGCUUCGUCUCCGCUGCCCACUGUCCAGUGCCCGCGCCCUGCUGUACGGAGUGUGUAACUGUGGCGGCCUUGCCGGAGGACCGGCUCCGGUUCCCACGGCUGCAGAAGCCCCUAUGGACCUCACACGGGACUGUGUGACCUUUGAGGAUGUGGCCAUUUACUUCUCCGUGGAAGAGUGGGGGCUUCUUGAUGAGGCUCAGAGGCUCCUGUACCUCAGUGUGAUGCUGGAGACCUUUGCACUUGUGACCUCACUGGUGUGUUGGUACGGAGUGGAGCAUGAAGAGACACCUUCCAAGCAGGUUUCUGUAGGAUUGUCACAAGUCAGGACUUUCAAGACAGAUCUGUCCACCCAGGAAGCUCAUCCUUGUGGAACAUGUGGUCCAGUCCUGCAGGACUGUCUGCACCUGGCUAGCCAACCUGGGCAGAAACCAUUCUUGCUUGGGGUGUGUGCAAAACUUCACCAGGACCAGAAUCAUCUCAACUCAGAGAAAACUUUGCGAGAGGACACAGACAACACCUCAUUUGGGAAGAGCAGCAGAUUCCCCAUGUCAAGAAAGUCCUUCAGAGGCAGAGAGGCUGGAAAGAACCUCUCAGACGCAUUGGACUUUCUCCACCUCCUGGCCAUUCCCAGUGGUGAGAAGACAUUCAUGAUUGCUGAGGGUGGAGCAGCUUUUCAAACCCGAAUACAUCGUUACAAAUGGGGUCAGUGCAAAAGAGCACCCAGGCGCAAGCAUGCUUACAUUUCCCACCCUAGAGUCUACGCUGAAAAAAGGCCUUAUGAGUCUACCCAGUGUGAGGAAGGCUACUGCUUCAAGUACUCACUGCAGAGAGGCCAUGGUGGAGCAAGGCCUUACAAGUGCACUGAAUGUGAGAAAUCUUUCAGUCAAACCUCCCACUUGAAUGACCACCUCAGGAUCCACACUGGAGAAAGGCCCUAUGAGUGUGGCCAGUGUAGGAAAUCAUUUAGCCAAAGAGCCACGCUCAUUAAACAUUACAGAGUUCACACUGGAGAAAGGCCUUACGAAUGUGGGGAGUGUGGGAAAUCCUUUAGCCAGAGCUCCAACCUCAUUGAACACUGCAGAAUUCACACUGGGGAAAGACCCUAUGAGUGUGAUGAAUGUGGAAAAGCUUUUGGGUCCAAAUCCACCCUUGUCCGGCACCAGAGAACUCACACAGGAGAAAAACCGUAUGAAUGUGCUCAAUGUGGGAAGUUUUUUACACAAAGCCAUAGUCUCCUCGAGCACCAGAUCAUUCACACCGGAGCAAGGCCUUAUGAGUGUGGCCAGUGCGGAAAAUCCUUUAGCCUAAAGUAUGGCCUCAUUCAACAUCAGUUAAUUCACAGUGGAGCAAGGCCUUUUGAGUGUGACCAGUGUGGAAAAUCCUUUAGCCAAAGAACCACUCUCAACAAACACUACAAAGUUCAUACUGCAGAAAGGGCUUAUGAGUGUGGACAGUGUGGGAAAGCUUUUAUGUUCAAAUCCAAACUUGUUCGACACCAGAGAACUCACACGGGAGAAAGGCCUUAUGAGUGCAGUGAAUGUGGGAAAUUCUUCAGACAAAGCUACACCCUUGUGGAACACCAGAAAAUCCACACUGGAUUAAGGCCUUAUGAAUGUGGCCAGUGUGGAAAAUCCUUUAUUCAAAAGUCAGGCCUCAUUCAACAUCAGGUAGUCCACACUGGAGAAAGGCCUUACGAGUGUGGCAAAUGUGGGAAAUCUUUCACUCAGCACUCUGGGCUCAUUCUCCACCGAAAAUCUCACAGGGAGAGGUCUCAUGAAAACAGGAAGUGUGGAGAAGCUUUCAAGGACUAACAUUGUUUAGUUCCUGCUUGAGAAAGAGCUUGGACCUUCAGAACAUGUGCUGCUACUUUUUUUCAGUAUUAGCCUUUGUGGGGGAACCACUUGCCUGAAGUUAAACCCCUACUUCUAAAUAUCCCGAGGUUGAUGUUCCCCAGGUCCAGCAUGGAUGAGGCCAGUAUCUGGUAGAAGCCAUCUCCUUCCCAGCUCAGUGUUCAGUGUGCUAAGGAAAGGCAAAUGUCUGUGUGUAUUCCCCGGAGGAGGUCUUGAACAGCCUGAGCCUUUAGGGGGAAUGUGGUCCCUCUUCUGACUAAAGCAUACCUUGGACCCAGUGUUUACUAGGAAGAUCUGACUUGCAGUCUGCUGGAGGCUUCCACCUUGGCUUACCUUCUCCCAGGAAAUGGAUGGUCAUGUGCCCUUGUGGUUGAUAUUUGCAGCAUUCAGUUUACCACCAGGAACUUCCAGCUCAUACUAGUCUGCUUUACACGUGAAUAAAUGCUGUUUUGUUGACUCCACUUGCAAUCUUUGGGGUUCUAUUAAUAUUUUUUCUUUGUGUUGAGAGAGGACAAAGUUGGACUCUGAACCAAUCAACAGUUCUUUUGGGGCUCCUACUUUUCUUCAGAGGCUUAGUGUGGCAGAAAGUAGUUCCUAUUUGUCAUGCUUUGCUGCCCAAGACCUCAAGGGUUGUAUACAGGAGUCAUGUGAUCUGCUUGUAUGAUGUCAUACAUGUGUCAUUCAAGCUGUAGAGCCUUGCAGGAGGCAUAAUUGGAUCAGAAAUAUUGGGUGUGUAUAACAAGAAGUAGAGGUGCCUUCAGUGAACAGAGGGGCUGUUCCUCUUGUGAAAGUGCAUCGCAAAUCUAUUGAAAGUCUUCUCUCUGCCACAGUAACAUUAUGUCCCAAGGCGUUGUCAGUGUCCUCCUUGUGGCUUGCUAGACCCAGCUCUCAGAAGUCCUGGGUCCUGGUGCACAGUGACAGCAUCAUGUCCAAUAGCCCAAGGCUGAUUGCUUGCCUCUGACUUGCCAAAUAUCCACAUGCUUCAAGGACACAGCCAUGACUUUUACCUGGUAAGAUUUAGGACCUGACUCAGAAGAAGAUGUAAGAUGUACCAGCCGUGAGGUAGA